AAGGAAAUUUUAAAAGUGGAAAAAGGAGAGGCAAAAAAGAAAAAGAAAAAAAUGGCAACAAAUUUCCUCUCAACUGCAAACCCCUUUUGUGUACCAUCUUCAUCAUCAUCAUCAUCAUCAUACUAUUUAUCAUUAGCAACACCAAUGUAUGUUUACCACCCUAUCAAAUGCAGUGUCAAAAGGCAACUAACUAAUUGCAAAGCAAUUAAUCAGCCAGCAUUACAUCCUCCAAUUCUUACCAAAAGAGGCCUAUCCGUCAGUUUUUUCACCAGCUUUGUGCUUUCAUUGGUUGGUGAGGAUGCUAAUGCUGCAAUACUUGAGGCAGAUGAUGAUGAAGAGCUCUUGGAGAAAGUAAAGAGGGACAGAAAGAAGAGACUUGAGAGACAAGGUUUGAUCAAUUCAUCCACCAAAGAAACAGGGUAUCUUCAGGACCUAGUGUAUAAACUGAGUGAAGUUGGUCAAGCAAUUGAAAAGGAUGAUCUACCUAGAGCUGGUUCUGUCUUUGGGAGUGGCACUGAUACAGAUUGGGUCCAAAAAGCUAAUAUAGCUUUGAAUAAGAUGAGUUCCAGUCCUGAAGAAAAGACUGAGGUGGACACAUUCAAUUCCUCACUAGCCUCAUUGAUUUCAUCAGUUGCUCGGAAUGACAUUGAGUCCUCCAAACUUGCCUUUGUGUCUUCGGCCAGUGCAUUUGAGAAGUGGACCUCCUUGACAGGGUUGGUUGUUCAACUUAAAGGGCUUUGAGCCUUUGAGGGAAGCUACAAGACAUUUUAUCUCAUCUUACAACUCACUCAUAAAAAUAGAGAAUUCCAUUAAAUUUCCUUUCUGGGUCACAUAAUUCAUGUCUUGGGGGGAAUCCCGUCUCAGAUUAUCUAUUACCGCUAGAAAAAGACCAAUACUCAUCGUUCGUUGCUCACACAAAACUGCAAUUUUGACGUCGUCGAGAAUUUAACAAGAUUUAUUUUUUCGUUCAACGAACAGCGCAAAUGGAAGGUCUUUCAAGUUGUUGUAGGGUGAUUAAAUUGUGGUUUUGGUCAAAGAGAGAACCAGCUUUUGUUAUUUGCGGUUCCACUGCUCCCACGCCUUUAUUUGGCCUUUGCCACGCAGAAGAAACAGAAAACAAGCAGGGGAGGGCCAUGACUCGUGCAAUAUCAAUACUCAAGGCUGAUAGUGAUUAUGAUUAUUGUUGUUGUUGGUGGUUGUUUAACAGUAGAAUGAAAACAUAAAUAAAUACCCCCGUUGUAAUGAAUUAAAACGGUCAGAGCCUUUAUUCCAAUAAGAUUGGAAAGAAACUUUGAUUGGACCGGUCUUCGGCCCAGACAAAUGGUAGUAAACAACAUCCACGAACCUGAUAAAACCCGAUAAUAGUUUAUCACGUCCUUACAUGCUUACAGGUCCACAACACAGUACAAGUAUCUUACAACACAAUGUUACGAAGGGGGAACUAGAAGCUACACGUCUCUCCAAUACAUAGAAGGAUGGUACAUAUAGGGCUACUCUAUAAUUGUCUAUAGUCAUUUCAAUAAACAAUCAGAUAACUAACAUGACAACAAGAACUACAGUCAUCCUCGGACAGAUCUAAAAGGGUCAGAAUGAGAGAAGAGAAGGCAAGAGUUUAUUAUAUUCCUUAUUAGACAGAUUUGACUUAUAACCAGUUUAACUUCCAUUCUCGGUCAAAUCCGAUUCAGCCUUCUUGUUUAUGUCAUGAACUUUGUAAUGUUCUUCAUCAUUGACUUUUGUUCCUUCUUUUUCCUUGGUUUCUCCUUCAGACUCGCCAAUGCCUCUGUUGUGUUCCUCUUUAUUCUCUCCUUCCACUUCAACCUUUUUCUCAGCAGCAGGGGCUGUUUCAGAUUUCUCUGCCUCUGCAGAUCCACCAUCUUUCUUUGUCUCCUCCAGUGGUUGUCCAAUCUUUUCUUCAUAUUUAUUCUGAACCACUUCAGAACCUUCAAUUCUUUUGUCGUCAAAUUUCUCAACUGAGGCAUGUAACUCUCCAUCAGCAGUCUUGAAUUUUUCCUCAUCAUUAGAUAUAUUGGUAUUUUCCCCAGGCUGAGGGGAUUCUUUGACAUCCGUAUCCUCUACUCUCUUCUCAUCUUGAUUUUCCUUCACAACAUUCUUUUCCUGCACUAAAUCUUUAUCAUCCUUAGUUUCAUCAGCAUCUUGCAUUUGCACUUCUUUUGUCUCCUCUUUUUCUUCCUGGGAAGUAUCUUUUUUUGAAGCUGAUGAUUUUUUGCCACGUUUCUUUGGGGGCUCACUUUCAGGUGGAGGAGCCGCUUUGGCCUUCUCACUGAUUCUUGCUGAUCUUCUCGGGGUCUCACCAGUGCCCCAGUCAAAUUCAGAUAUAGCUGGGCCACCAGGGUUUGAUUUCAAAUACUGCUCCAGCUGCUUUCUAUUGUUGAUCUCCUCUCCAGUUGGUGCGGUGAACACAAUCUCAUUUUUCUUUGGGGUUCCAGACUUUUUUGGAAAGAACUGCAAGGGAAAUGAUAUAUGAAUAAUCUGAUGUGCAGAAACAUGCAACAAAUUAACAAAUUUAAUACAUACAGGAUUUUGGUUUAAGGCAAGUAAUCCCUAAUGUGAAAAAUGAGGCUCUUUCUUCACUUCUUUCAUAUCACAAUUACAUUCCAGUACUCUUUCGUGCUCAUGCAGUUUAAAGUUAAAAGGCAUUCAUGAUUUGAAUAGCAAAUUAAAUGCCUAAGAAAACGUGAUUAAAAUUGAUGUUUCAUGCUCUCUUUUUUUCAAAUUGUUGUACAAAGUUUUAAGCAUAUGUCUGCCUAAUUAAACAUCAUAGGCUGUUAUAAGCUAGCACUUUUACUGUUAAACUUCAGGAAGAAAGUAGCAUGGCACUAAAUUAACCUUGUUCAGUCAGAAGGCUUUUCUUUCCCUCUUUAAUUCUUCCAUUCAGGCUAUACCUGGGAAAGGUGAAAAUCCACGGAAUGGUGUGGAAGAGAUGAAAAUGUGACCCGAUGCUCUUACUGUGACCAAAAAAAACAAAAUUGCACACAUAUAGACUGUAUAUGAACCAUUUACCAAUCUAAAAUGCAAUAAUAGAAAGUAAAUAGACAACGUCAUGCAGUAAUAGGACAAAAACCUCUCUUGUAGUUUAAUUUUCAGAAGGUGUAUGUCCUAGGAAAAAUAGGAAAAAGAGCAAGUCUAUGGGGAGCUUGGGCUCUAAGGAUUCCGACCUUGUGUUCAUUAGAUCACCUUAAGAGACAUGCAAUAAAUUAUUAUAUAAAAUCAUACAUGAUAUAUGCACAUAUCUUUAGGAUGAUCUAAAUAACUCAAGGGACAUUAAUGUAAUUUACUUUAAGAAACAUGAUAAAGGCUGUUACAUGGUGGGUUUCUCCUGUGUACAAUAUGAGGUUAAAAAAGAAAUGAAAGACCUAAGGUCAAUUUUCAGAAGAAAGAAUGCUAUCAAUGUACCCUUUUGAACACACUACUUCAUACAUUUCUGUGAUUUGUUCAUAUUUUAAAAGGUCAACACAAUUGUUAAAAACUGAUUAAUUUAUGAAGUGUUUUAACUUUUUAAAAAAAUGAACCAAUCACAAAGACAUUGAUGGGUGUAUUCAAAAGAAUGUAUUGCAAACAUUUUUCUUGUAAAAUAUGGGGCAAUAGAAUAAAUGGAUGUAAAUGAAAUCGGUAAUAUUAUGAAAGACCUAAAGAAACAAGAUUGUUUUUGUUUGCAGUUAAUAAUUAUGAAGUUAAUAACAUCUUCUUUUUUUUUUUGGUGAUUUGUGGAGAGAAGUUAUUACAUCUUAAUUAUUGUUGUGUGUACACGAGCUAUUUUAACAGUUUACUUAAGGAAAGGUAACAACUCACAAGAAGAAAGUAAUAAAAAAUGAAUGUAAAAACUAGAAAGAACGUAACUAUAACAAUUUUUCCUCAUGAUCACAAACCAUACACUAUUUAACGGGGAUUUCUUCAAGCUCAUUGAAAGUUAGCCAGAAAUAGUAGCAUAAAAUGUUUAUGUCAAAUGCCAGACAUGAUUGUAGCAUCUUAUGUGUAAGAAAAGGUAUUCAUCGUACACCAUAAGAUUUAACUAAAGAACUAAGCAGCACAAAAAGUCACUAGGAGGCAUAAAAGCUCAAACAACUGCAGAUUAAGCUGAUUUCAUUGUAAACAAUAGUGUCACAAAAGCUGUACAGUUUGCAUAAAGCUACAUGGCUCAAUAUCUUAUCAUGAGUGUUGGAAGUCCAGAGUACAGCUAAACACUAAUUCAAAUAAGUACUAGGUUACAACUUAAGCCUAGGACAGAGUUAGCUGAACACCUUAAAAACUAAACAGAAAAAGAGGGGGGUUGAGAACAACUGAACAAGAAACUGUGUUGAAUCUCAAACAUCAAAUUAUUCAAGAUAUGUUGUAACUUCAGCAACUUUUACUACUCACCUUUUUCUAGGGAAAGGGGUGUUGUUAAGCUCGUGGGGGGUGAUUCUGAUAUAUGAAAAAAAAAAAAAAAA